UUAAAACUAUAUAAAACCCCUUUUAUCUUUCCUCUUGGAAAUCAAUCAACUCUCUUUCUUGUUGAUCAAAAUGGAAGUGAGAGGUCCAUUGAUGUGGGUGUUCUUGAUGUGUUACAUCUUCGGUCACAUAAUUACAAGUCAUUCCAGUGGCUUUAUCGAAGCGACGAGCUUGACUCAAUCUGAAGCUCUAGAAAUUGAGAAGAAAUUAGAGACAUUCAACAAACCUGCCGUUAAGAUCAUCAAGACUAUCUAUGGAGAACUAUAUGGAUGUGUGGACUUCUUCAAGCAACCAGCAUUUGAUCACCCUUCUAUGAAAAAUCACAAAUAUCAUUACAAGAUGCGUCCAAUAUGGCAACCCGAAGGAAUGAGAAAAAGAAAGAUAAAUAACACUGGAUUUGGUUACUUAUGGGAGAAUGGUGUGGGAUGUCCAAUCGGUACCGUCCCUAUAAAAAGAGUCACCAAAUUUGAUAUCUUGGGAUCAAACUUGUUAGAAGAUCAAUACAAACCUCGUGGUUCUUGGGACACAACCACUAAUGAUUCUAAUAACGUUGUUCAUUACAACCAACAUCAUUAUGCGGUGGGUAGGACUAGGGACAUAGGAAUACACUACCAUGGGGCAACAAUGGAUCUUAGUAUAACUGCUCCUAAGGUUAAGCCUACUCAAUUCAGUAGUUCUCGGCUUCACAUUCAAAUUGGAGAUGAUUUCAUCCAAGCCGGGUUCACUGUAAAUCCAGUGUUGUACAAGGACCACCAACCUCGGACUUUCGUCUAUACAAAGUCUGGUGGAAAAUCAUGUUACAAUAGCCACUGCGAUGUGGGAAUGGUGAACGUACGUCAAGAUUUUCCAAUGGGUCUAGCAAUGAAGCCAGUGUCUGUUCGUGGUGCUCCUAUAAGUCACUAUGGAAUCUUCGGUGUGAUCAAGGACCAAGCAAAUGGGAAUUGGUGGUUGCAAUUUGGUAAUGAUGCAGAAGAAGUCGGGUUUUGGCCGUCAAGUAGGUUUCGUCAAAGCUUUGGAAACAAGGUUGAAUGGGGAGGAGAAGUGUACAGCGCAUCACUACCUAGUCCUGAAAUGGGACAAGGAUUUCGUCCAAUUAAGAGACUAGAUUAUGAUGCAUAUGCUAAACGUAUCUCGAUACUCGACGGUAAUUAUCGGGUCGACUGGAAAGUAAAUUAUAUCGAAGAAUUUACGGACAACUCCGAAGGCUACGACGUGAAAGGAGUUCUAGAAUCCAAAGUCGCUAACAAAGGUCAUAUAAUCUUUUUUGGUGGUUCGGGAGGAAUCUAAAAAUAGUUAGAUCCUUGUCAUAUCGAUGGAUAUCAAGACAUUACAUAGAUUUGCUUUUACAAUAAAUAUUGUUUUUAUGGGCUUUUUAAAAAAUAUAGUUAUAAUCAAUUGAUGAGAU